ACACACACUCUGCUUUUGUGAGUACUAAAAAGUAGAUACGGAAAGAAGAAUUCAUAGUUCAACGCACAACUUGAAGGGAAUAUUAUCAUUAUAAAAUUUCAAACUUUAGAAAUUAUGGCAACCCACGGUCUCCUCAUUUCUUUCAUACUCUUUUCGGCAAGCAUACUGUAUGCAACUGGACAAGUUCCCAACGUUCAGUAUGGCGAUGGUUCUGAUCCUGCUCAAGUUAUGGAUAUUUAUUUGCCCUCUUUGGAUUUUGGAAGCAUCACAAAAAUCAUCGUCCUUAUUCACGGAGGUGCCUGGGGUGGGGGUCAAAAAUCUGAUAUGGCCGGAUGGGUCCCCUUCAUGCAGGCAUCCUUUCCAAGUUAUGCCAUCGCAAAUAUGGAGUAUCGAUUAGGCACCCAUGCUAGCCCCGGAUUUCCAAAACAAUUGGAGGACAUACAUUUAGCCUUGUCUUUCCUCAAGUCCAGUUUUACUCGCAAUGUAACAUUUGCCCUGAUCGGAUCCAGUGCUGGAGGUCAUCUUGCCAUGCUGUACGGCUAUGCAUGGGACAGGGAAGCCAAAAAUGUCAAGGCCAUUGUGAGCCAUGUAGGGCCGACGGAUAUCAGCGAUUCUGGAUAUGCAAAUGAGCCAGGAUUGUGGGACUUAUUCUUCAACCUGGUAGGUCCCUGCACACACACGCAGUGCCCAGACCUCUACACGGCGGCAAGUCCAAUCACCUACGUUACUGCUGAGGCCACCAAGACAAUCGGAUUCUAUGGAAACGCCGACUAUCUGGUGCCAAGUAGUCAAAUGCCAUUGCUAAAGGAAAAAUUGGAUGGGUUGGGUGUUCCAAAUAAUUUCACGGUCUACCAAGGCGGUCACGGUGACUGGGUCUGGGAAGACAUCGAAGAUAUGAUCAGACAGGUUACCGAUUUCUUUAAUACGCAUUGGUAGGAGGGGAAGAAAAUCACACAUUUCAUUGGACGCAGUAAUUUUAUAUCAAAAACUUGAAUUCGUUAGUUAAGCUCCACCUAAUGAUGGCAUGAUUUUUAGGUGCCAUUUAUUAAGCCUAAACGUAAAAAAAUCUUAGAAGGUUUCAAAUAAUGAUGAUAUGACAAAAUUAAUAAAAUACGACAUUCAAGAACCUA